CUAUCCUUGCAACAAGAAAGGCUUCUUCUUCUUCUCCUUCUUCUUCAUUGUUUAUUCUUCUUCUUCUUCACUUCGUUGAUGGACAAAGGUGGUGGCCUCAGCAUCGCCUCCGAGUCGGCCGGCUUCUACCUCGCCAAGCCCACCGCCCUCCACCCUUUCCACGGCGCCAAGCGCAAGCGCGAGCCCAGCCCUCCCGCCGUCGCCGAGAUGGACUUCUUCUCCGACAAGCGCAACGAUUCCGAUCUCAAGGUCAAGAAGGAGCACCCCGGCGAGCCGCUGGAUCGCAGCGUCAACACGGGCCUGCGCCUUCUUACUGCAAAUACUGGAAGCGAUCAAUCGAGCAUCGACGAUGGUGCACCCGUUGAUCAUGAAGAGAAAAAUCCAAGUAAUGAGGUUUCGAUCCUCAAAGCCGAAGUUGAACGAGUGAACGAAGAGAACCGGCGGUUGUUGAGCAUGUUUCAUCAAGUGAGCAACGAGUACAGGAACCUGCAGAUGCAGUUCGCGACACUGAUGCAGCACCAGAAUCAUCUCAAGCCCAAUGGAGUCCAGGAGCAGAGAGGGGAAGAAGAUAAGAUCGGCGUGAAACUGGCUGACCCCGGCGGGAGAUCAAUCACGCCUAGGCAAUUCUUAGAUCCGGGCCCGGGCUCAGGCGCGGUGGACACAGAAGAGACUUUGCAGUCUUCGUCAGAAGAACGGAGCCACGAACAGUCGGCGUCGCCAAUCAACAACAUGGAAGUUGUGUCGAGGGAGAUGGUUUCAGUACAUAGCCCAGAUCACCUGAGAGAGGAGAGCCCUGACAGGGCUUCACAAGGCUGGAUAAGCAAUAAAUCUCCCAAAUUGAGCCAGACCCAGAAGAGCAGUAUUGAGCAAGCUGCAGAGGCCACAAUGAGGAAGGCUAGAGUUUCUGUUCGAGCGAGAUCUGAAGCUCCCAUGAUUACAGAUGGAUGCCAAUGGAGGAAAUAUGGGCAGAAAAUGGCGAAGGGCAAUCCAUGUCCCCGGGCGUACUACCGUUGCACCAUGGCCGCCGGUUGCCCGGUGCGCAAACAGGUGCAAAGGUGUGCCGAAGAUAGAUCGAUCCUGAUAACUACUUACGAAGGGAACCACAACCACCCUCUUCCUCCGGCAGCCAUGGCCAUGGCGUCGACGACAUCGGCCGCGGCGUGCAUGCUGCUCUCCGGAUCGAUGCAGAGCGCGGACGGGCUCAUGAACUCCAACUUCUUGGCUCGAACCAUGUUGCCUUGCUCGUCGAGCAUGGCCACCAUCUCGGCUUCGGCCCCAUUUCCCACCGUCACUCUCGAUUUGACGCAGCAAUCUGGGUCGACCACCGCUCCUUUAGGAUUCCAGAGGCCGGGUUCAGCGCCUUUCAAUCUCCCAUUCGGCAAUGUCGGGCAGCCGUACGCGGCGGCGCCGUCAGCUCAGUUGUUCGGCCAGCCUAUCCAAAACCAAUCGAAAUUCUCCGGCCUCCAGGUCUUCGGCGGCCUUGAAGCCGCGGUGGCCGCGCAGCUAGGCCAGCAGCAGCAGCAGACGCCAUCUCUCGCAGAUGCAGUAAGCGCAAUCACGACCGAUCCCAAUUUCACAGCAGCAAUAGCAGCCGCGAUCACUUCGAUCAUCGGUUCGCAGCAAAACAAUCAACAAAGCAACACCACCAACAGCACUAGCAAUAGCUCCUUACAGCAGAACCUUGCAUAGAUGAAGAAAUUGGAGUCCAGAUUUCACUGUUACACAUUACAGCAGCUGUCAUAAUUAUUCAGUUCCCUUCCUCAGGUUCAAUUUUGAAGAAAAAAACAGCUACCCAUUUUUCCAUUCUUCCAUUUCAUGCAUGGAAUAAAGAUUAUACUUUUUUUUCUUUCCCCUUUUUCUUUUUCUUUUUUUUUCUUUUUUUGAGGGUUUCCUCCUCUCAGAAGAAAGAUUAUGUACAGAUUGUCACAUGUACUAGUCUUAGUAAGUUGGGUAUCUGUCUUCUCCAUGAGAAACGUAUGGAUUUCUGUGUGUACAGGAGAAAGUGAUAUUUUAACUUUUCUUCCAUCUUCUGAUC